AUGCCACCACCUCAUAUUCCUCCAGCAGCAGCAAACAGUCCACCCAGCACCAGAUCGACUACAAGUUCCCAGACCCACUCCAGCAGCUACCCCCGCGCAGUCCCACCUGCCCGUCCCAGAACCCGAUCAACAUCCGGCAGCCGAGACGCUAGCGGGGGCGGCGCCGCGGACUGUCCCCUGGACCCGGCCAUGGACCUCUCCUUGUCCUAUCUCACACCCGAGCUGCUCUUGUCAGCCGCGCCACCCAACCCCGCCCUUCCCUCUGCGACAACCUCGCCAUUGGCGCCCAGGAGUGCCCCCGCGGAUCCCGGCCCCCCAGCGCCCCGGCCGGCGUCUUCUCACCCCUGCCAUGCUGCGUCCAAAGGCAUCCCAUCCCCCGCGAUACCCCCCAAACCGUCGCCACCAUUCGCGCCAGCACAGGCCCCCCACAGCCCCGCCAAAAGCCACUUGGUCCUCCUCCUGUGCAUGUCCGCAGCAUCUGCACUCGUCUAUUGGUUCUAUCACUCGCGCCCGCAUAGUGCUCCCCUCAAUCAUCCGCUUGCUCGUGAGCCUGCUCCGACCAAGGACCUCUUCCCGGCCGCAAUCAUCAACAAGCCGCGCGUUGUUGAAGAGGAAGAUAAUGCGCCCAUUCCGGAUGACAAUCGCAAACUAGAAUCUGCCCUUGAUAUUGACCAGCCGGAGAAAGACAAUCCUUCACCCCUUGGAGCCCUGCCUAUUGUCCCCGACACCGAGCCAGACCAAGUCGUGCUACUUUCUCGCGACAAAUCCAAGCCGGCUGACAAUCUCAAAUCUUUGCCUGCCCCUGAUACCCAUCAUCCUGUGCAGUCGGUCAAAUCCCCUGCAGAGGAAGAAGCACCCAAUCCCAACGUUGGUCCGCCUCCGACGCGUCUUGACAAGGCUGCCGCAACGGAAGACAAGAGGAACGGCACGGACCAGCCGGUGUCACUGCUGCCUGAGCGGCGUCUCCUGCCGCCAGACUACGUUUUCUGGACGCCGGUGUUCGCGCUCAUUGGCACACUGCUGCUGCUCCCGCAUUGGAUCUCCGGGCGGAAAGAGGCGGGUGCGGGCGAGCCUCUGAGCGUGGACAAGCUGCUCUCAAGUCUGGAGGAGCGCGCAGACCCGCCAGGCUUGUUUGGCGAGCUUUUUCUAACCAAGCAUUGCCCCUCAAAGCACUUCUACCUUUUCCCUUUCAUGUCUUUAUCCUUAUCAACUGCCUGA